UGGUUAGAUUAUUUUUGAUAGUAGUGGUGUAGUAUUUAAAUUCUCUUGGUGGUUAAAUUCUCUUUGAGGCUGAGGAUGUAAAUAAUAAAUGUUUAUUAUAAUAGAAUUUAAACUGUAGAGAAGUUUUUUAUUUUUCUGUAAAUUAAAUAAGCUUUUAAAUACAAAUAACAUUUCUAAAUGAAGCUGUUGAAGCCUAACUGGGUAAACCAUGAUGCAAAGCCGAUAUUUUCAAUCGACAUACAUCCGGCAGGCAAGCGCUUUGCGACUGGAGGUCAGGGUCUGGAUUCCGGGAGGGUCGUAGUAUGGAACUUAAAUCCUGUUUUAUUUGAGGAAGUUGAAAUGGAUCUUAAUGUUCCUAAGAUGCUAUGUCAAAUGGAUAACCAUUUAGCAUGUGUUAAUAGUGUGAGAUGGAGUAAUGGUGGAAGGUACCUUGCUUCGGGUGGUGAUGAUCGACUCAUUAUGGUGUGGGGUCUGAGUGUUGCAGUGGGAGCUGGCAAGCAUAAAGCAGAGACUUGGAGAUGCUUAGCUACACUGAGAGGUCAUGCUGGGGAUGUUUUGGACCUUGCUUGGUCACCACUAGACAAGUGGUUAGCAAGUUGCAGUGUCGACAAUACAAUAAUUAUAUGGAAUGCUGAGAAGUUUCCAGAAAUGGUGUGUGUGUUGAAUGGACACACAGGACUUGUCAAAGGAGUUGCUUGGGACCCAGUUGGAAAAUACUUAGCGUCACAAUCAGAUGAUAAAUCAUUGAGAGUGUGGAAGACAGCAGAUUGGGGCGAAGAGACUGUCAUCACGGAGCCAUUUGAAGAAUGUGGUGGAACAACUCACGUACUCCGCCUGUCGUGGUCUCCGGACGGGCAGUACAUUUUGUCGGCACACGCGAUGAACGGUGGCGGGCCCACGGCCCAGGUGGUAGAACGGGAAGCCUGGCGCUGUGAUAAGGAUUUUGUGGGUCAUAGGAAGGCAGUUACCUGUUCCCGCUUCAACAACAAUAUAUUGGUGAAGGAGGGCAAGAAGUGUUGUUGCGCCGCGGUGGGGUCGCGGGAUCGAGCGCUGUCUAUAUGGCUGACGUCACUGAAGCGGCCGCUGGUGGUCAUCUACAACCUGUUCAGCGAUAGUGUGCUGGAUCUGUCCUGGAGCGCUGAUGGUCUAAAUCUGCUUGCUUGUAGCUCCGACGGGACUGUGGCCUGCAUACAGUUUACCAACGAGGAAAUUGGCACACCACUCACUCUUGAGGAAAAGAAUUCCCUGUACGAGAAAAUAUAUGGCAAGUGUCUGGCGAAUGAGUCCGGUGACAACCUGCUGGUGGAGUGUCCAGAGAUAUUGGUGGCGCGGGAGACGCAGCAGGCCAGGAAGGAGCCGCCCAAGGAUGAGUCCACACCCAAGAGUGACAAGUCACAGCAUAAGCCGCUGUACACCCCCUCCCCGGUGUCGACCCAGUCCAGCCCCACUCCGCUUCGACCAAUGGACCGGCAGAUCGAGACUCGCACCUCCGACGGCAAGCGGCGAAUCACACCGGUCUUCAUACCGCUCACCAACGUCGACGCCAAUGAGUCUCUGGGGUCGCAGCCGGGCGGCGGACUGGAGAACUGCUUCAGCACAUCGUCCCAGAGCAAGUCGCGCAUCCGAGUCGAGCGCCGCGACGAUAUCGUGAUCCACCCCAACGUGAGCAACCACGCGCUAUCCACCUCUGCUUCCGCUACCGACACCGUCGCCGCGCCGCAAGACAAUGGUUUAGACCAGCGCCUGCGCAAGCGUGCCGCAGCCGGCCUGCCCGGGCCGCGUGCGCACGAGCUGAGCGCCAAGAGAGCUCGCACGGCCGGCCCCGCCCCGCCCGCUGCGUCGCACGGAGUGAGCGUGUCGCACUCGCUGCCCGUGCCCGUGCUGGGAACAGCCGGCCCGGUCGUGCGGGCGGCGGGCGCGCUGAGGUUACAGGUUGUAAACAAGGCGUGCAACACACCGUACGGAACUCUAUCCCGCCUCGAGUUGAUACCAAAUAAUUCCGCAUCAAACGAUCCAGUUUGGGAAACAUACCUCGGCUCCGCCGUGACUUGCGUCGCGUGCGAGGCCCGCUGGGUGUGUGCGAGCACGGCGGACGGCGCGCUGCACGUGUGGCGACUGAAGCCGGGGCCCGCGCGGGCGUUGCCACCCAUCGCCCUCCCUGCGCCUGCGCACAAGCUGACCCUGUCGGGCGAGACUCUGGCCGUGGUGACGUCAUCGGCCGAGCUGGUCGUGUGGAGUCUGCCCGGCGCCGCCUGCGUGCUGCCGCCGCUGUCCUUCAGGAACCUGCUCUCCAACAACGCGACAAUCACAAACUGUAGUCUACUAGAAGAUGGCAACCCCAUGAUCUCACUCAGUACGGGCAGGAGUUAUAUUUACUGCAAGAAAUUAUCAGCGUGGGUGAUAUGGUCGGACCUGAGCGACCCGGUGGCUCGCGCAGGCGGCGGCAGGCGAGGAGCACGCUCCGCCGCGGCGUUCAGAUCGUCCGCCACCAUGCAGCCGCACGGCAAGUACAGCGCAUGCGCGCUGCGCAGCUGGCUAGAAGCGCAGGUGGCGUCGAGUCUACAUCUAUGCCAGGCGCGGGACUAUGAACACUACGUCGUGUCACUAUUCACGCACCUCACACGACACGGCACGGAGGAGCAGCUGCGUCAGUUACUGGAUGAUAUGCUGGGGCCCAGCCACGGUACCUCACUACCAACCAAGUGGAAUUCCACAGUUCUGGGCCUCCAAAAACACGAUCUCCUCGACAAAAUGUUAAGAGUUUUGGUACGUGAGCUGCGGUGGCAGCGACUGUACACGGAGUACAGCGACCAGCUCACCGACCUUCGACACACCACGACUGUACUCAACGGACACGGGUAGCUCACAUACAUACAUACAAACAUUUGUGUCUCAUUCUACACUUUAUAAGUGUUGAAGCCAAACCAGAAUUUAGGCCAAACUAAUUUAAUCUUAACCAAAUUAAUUUAUACUACGCCUAUUAGAAAUAUGUUCAAAUUUUAGCUACAGAUAAUUUAGUUUGGCUUAAAAUUUAGGCUUAUUUAUAAUAACUUAUUCUAAGAUAAAAACGCAGCGUGAUGAAAAUGUUAACAAGUUGCAACUUGUUUGUUAUGUCACGGCCAGCAAUUGAAUCUGUGAGCCAAACUAUCAAAUAAUCUGGUUUUUCCAGAAACAUAAUAAUAUUAUGUAGCAUGCAAUUGAUGUUUUUGAUAUUUAUAUAUAUAAUAUUUUCAACUGUGUUCAUAUAGUUAAGAAAUAAAUCUUCCUAAGAACUAAGAAGUUCAUGAGAACUCGUAUAAUUACAUAAAUUUUCAAAUACAAAUAUUUUUAUUAAAAAAAUCUAUCGCCCAUUCGAAAAGAUUGCCUCAAAAGAUCUUUCAAUAGUGGGGUUCCCCUUCCCUCCCCUUGGACGCAAGAAAACCCAUCAGUGGGUAAUUUUUUUAAACAAAUUGUACAAUUAAAUUUAUUCCCAGAGAGUGAUCCCAGUCCCUAGGUGUAUUUAGAACAAAAAAAAAAUUAGAACAUAUUGAAAUAAUCCUACAAACAUUCUUUUAACAAUAUUAUCUAGGAUUUCGGUUUGUUUAUGUUUGUUCCUGGUGUUAACAUAUUAUGAUUGUCAAAAUUUGUAAAAAUAACACAAAGCAACAAUCAAUUUAAUUUUUUUUUUUGUUCUAAGUUAUAAUUUAUACAUCACUACGUACCUUUUGUGCCGUGAUCUGAUUUUGUUUUUAUGCGUGCAUCAGACUUUGAGAUUUUCUGUUUGAGAACAAUUGCAAGGUAUAUUUCGCUAUAACUAUCAAUCACAUCCAUAUUGAAAAUUAAACAAGUAUUACUAAUUGCAGUAGUAACCUACCUUUCAUGACGCAGUUUUAAAAUGAUUUAUGUUAUAUAUUAUUGUAUUAAUUUUCUCGAAUUAAAUAUUUUUUUGUUAAGGCAGUCUUACACUACACUAUGAAACUGUGUCCAUUGGCUACGAGAGGCCAUUUCUUCAUCUUCGCGGUUCCUCACGCUAAUAAAUGUAUAUUAGGUAAUGUAAUCUAUCAACAUUUUAUUUAAAAUAUGAAUAAACAUAUCUUCAUCCGGGCUGUCCAUCAUGCGAUAUAGCCAAACUUUGAUGAAGAGUUGUGAUUCGACGAGUUUCGGCUAAAGUGAACCCCAGGCAUAAUGAAAGACGAUGUUUCUCUCGUGGUUAAUGUAAAAUAUUGUGAUUGGUAUUUGAAAUAUGUCUAUCGGCGCAAAAAUAUCGCAGGCGGCAUCACCUACCAACGAGUGAACCUUGUUGUAACGUCUUAAGUUUAUUUAUUCACAAAAAGAUGUAAAAACAAAAUGAAAUUAUAAUCUGUCUCAUUUUA